AUGUUGAGAGUUAAGGCAAAAAUAACUUUUGAAGAUGCUAUUAAAAGUAAAGCAGACAAAGAUGAACUUGACGCAACGAACAAAGUUUUGAAAUCUCAUAAACACAAUAUCUCCGAUAUAAAUGAACUUCAAGCUACAUUAAAUAGUAAAGCUGACAAGAACCAUACACAUGAAUCCUUCACUACUGUUAGAGCAGACGACAUAAUAUUGAACUAUACCCUUGGUUCAAGUGCACCUUUAGAGAAUCCAAGUACAAGCGUAAAAGAUACACCAAACUCCUUAAAUAACAAAUGUAUGAAUAUCGAAGGUCAUGUCAGAAACUUUGAAACACAUGAACUACCAGCAAUGUUAGAUAAGAAAGCAGAUAAAGAACAUACACAUAACUCCUUCUCAACUGUUGCUAUAGAAAGUAUUGAAGGAACGGUUGGCGGAACUGGUGGGGAUGCAUUAUAUUAUAAACCUCCUAACUUUCCACAAGGUUUAACAUCGAAUGAAAACAUAACAACGAAGAAAGACAUUAGCUGUAAAAAUGUUUAUGUCAUGGAUGAUGAAAAUAAUGUUAAAUUCACUGCUCAAGAUUUAUAUGAUAAGAAAGCUGACAAAACAGAGCUUCAAACAUUAAAGACUGAAAUACUUCAAACAUUAUAUCCUGUUGGUUCUUUAUAUACAUCAAUGAAUUCAACAAAUCCCGCAACAGUUCUGGGUUUUGGUACUUGGGAACAGAUUGUAGACAAAUUCUUAUACUGUGCUAACUCUUCAAAGCAAACAGGAGGCUCAAAGAAAAUUAAAGAAGCAAACUUACCUGCGCACACUCAUACAGGAACGACAAACUUUUCUGGCGACCAUAGCCACUCAUUAAGAGACCACCCAUUAUACAACUCAGACUAUAAAGCUGGCAAUGACGUUUUAUCUCCAUCUUAUAACAAUUCAGCAAAAAAGACUUUUCGACCAACUGAACCAGGAGGAAAUCAUGUCCAUACUUUCACAACAAAUCCAACAGGCUCGGGUGAAGAUUAUAUGCCACCAUUUAUGACUGUAUUCGCAUGGUACCGCGUUCAAUGA